CGCGGGCAGCGCGCAGCAUGGCCGCGCUGCGCAGCGCCCCGGCCCCGGCCCCAAUCCCAGCCCCAAUCCCAGCCCCAGUCGCAGCCCAAACCCCAGCCCCCGAGCCGGCCCCGGCCCCGCUGCCGGCCCCGUCCCGCCCCUCCGCUCCCCGCCGCCCCGCGCCCGCCCCGCGCCGCGCAUAAAAAGGGCCCCGCGGCCGCCCCCGCCCCGCUCCGCUCCGCGCUCCGCUCCGCCGGCCCCGGCCAUGGCCAAGGACCAGCUGAAGCCGCGGCUGUGCCACAUGCUGAAGGGGGAGAACGGCUACGGCUUCCACCUGCACGGCGAGAAGGGCAAGAGCGGGCAGUUCAUCCGCAAAGUGGAGCCCGGCUCCCCCGCCGAGGCGGCGGGGCUGCGCGCCGGGGACCGCGUCGUGGAGGUCAACGGGCUCAACGUGGAGCAGGAGACGCACCACCAGGUCGUGCAGCGCAUCAAAGCUGUGGAGACAGAGACUCGCUUGCUCGUGGUGGACAAGGAGACGGACGAGUACCUGUGCAGCCUGCGCCUGACGUGCACGGAGGAGAUGGUGCACAGCGGGGUCCUGCUGGGCUCUGGCGUCUCGCCCACCAAGUCGGUGGGCAGCGACAACGGGGAGGUCUGGAAGCCGCAGCUGGACCUGAGCGGGGGCAGCCUCCAGCGGCACUCGCACAGCUUCUCCUCGCACGGCAGCAGGAAGGAUUUAAACGGACAGAAAGAGCUGUGCCCACGUCUCUGCCACCUGAAGAAAGGCCCCAAUGGCUACGGCUUCAACCUGCACAGCGAGAAGUCCCGGCCGGGGCAGUUCAUCCGCUCGGUCGACCCGGACUCGCCAGCCUCCAGAGCGGGACUGCGGCCCCAGGACCGGCUGGUGGAGGUGAACGGGAUAAACGUGGAGGGGCUGAGGCACUCGGAGGUCGUGUCCCACAUCAAGGCCAGGGAGAGCGAAGCCAGGCUCCUGGUGGUGGACCCCGAAACAGAUGAUUACUUCAAGAAGCUGGGGGUGACCCCCACCGAGGAGCACACCAAAGGUGUGGUGCCUCAGCCCCUGACGAAUGGAUCCGCGCAGACGCAGCUGAAUGGAGGAUCCACAUCUUCAUCUCACAGUGACCUUCAAAGUCCCGGGAAGGAAUCAGAGGACGGAGACUCGGAGAAGAGGGACCCGUUUGAGGAGAGCGGGCUGAGCCUGAGCCCCACGGCUGCCGAGGCCAAGGAGAAGGUGCGGGCCAAGCGGGUGAAGAAGAGGGCUCCGCAGAUGGACUGGAACAAGAAGCGAGAGAUUUUCAGUAAUUUCUGAACCUCGCUGGUGGCGCUGCCUGCCUUCCCCCACACCUGGCCGGACGUUCAGAGGUGCCUGCGCCCUCUCCUUCAGUGUCCACGUGAGAUGCUUUGUGCUCUGCUCUUCACUGGUUGCUUUUAUGAGGCGUAUUUUAAAGUCCUUUUUUAUUGUUGUUAUUAUUAUUAUUAUUGUUGUUACUCACCAGCGAUUCUCAUAAGACAAAUGUGACCAAAGCUCCUUUUCUUGCUUGCUCUUCAGCCCGGUCUGGCUGCCUGCUGUCCCCUGUUCCUGCUGAGAAAAGACUGGAAGAGUUUAACUCUCGUUUCUUACCUGCAUAAUUUAGGGUUUUAUUACUUUUUUUUUUAAAUUGGGGUGUUAGUUUUGGUUUUGCGGGUGUCCCAGGCUGAGCCCCAUGGGAUGCUCUGUGCCCCUGCGCAAAUGUCUUACGGCCUCGCCGUGGUGGGUGGCCAGGGGGGUGGCAGCACCCCCAGCCUGCAGCUUUACCCCCUCGCAAUGGGAGAAUGGGCAGUGGCUGUAAAUUGCUCGUGUUGACUUUGCUAUUGAAAUGAAAAAGUUCUCGUUGUUUUUAAUGAAGUCCUAUCUGUUUCCAGUUGAUUUAGGAGCCUCCCUCCCAGCAGCAACUUCUGCCCCAGCAAUAAAAGCCCCUUUUCCACCCCCUGUCCUCCCAGGUGGCAGGAUGUACAAGCAAGACAAACCCAGUCCCCAAAUGCCCCCGGCCUCACGGUUUGCACAACGCAGCGAGCAGUGCAGGAGAUGCUGCAGGGCUAAGCAUGUCUCCAGGGAGCCCUCGGGGCUGGCACGUGCUCCCUGCCUCCCGCUCCCCCCUUGUGUCCCCCAUCCCUGGGCAGGGCUGGCGGGGUCCCCAAAGCUCCCGGGUCUCAGUGGGGCUGGUGACAGAGCAGACUCAUAGUUAGGAGAGGGUUGAUGUCCUGGGCAAUGGCUUUGGCGCUGUGUCCUCCUUUAGUACCAAAAGCAGGGUGUUUUCAAAUCCUCGAAACAUACCUUUAGAGCACUGCAGAUGAAGCCAGUGUAAGCUCUUCAUUACUCGCCUUUGGCUGUGAACAAGGAAGACGAAACACGAUGCGCUCGCAGGCUGCAGGCGGAGGUGUUUCGCCGGGGAAGGUCCCGGCGGCGAUGGGCUGGCUCCCCCCGUGCCUCUCACAGCGCCCCGGGCCCAGCCGCGGAGCCUGCCCUGUGUUUUGGCUCCAGUGUCAAAGCCGCAGGGGGAAGGGACUGGGCACAGUUGCGUGCAAAACCACUUUUCCCAGCUCAAUGCAAAUGGCAGCAAUAACUUGGCCGUUAAUGACUAUUUUAAACAAAAGACUUGGCUGCGACUUUGCCCUGUAUUAUUCCCCAGAGCUGAUGUAUUACAAGGCAGAGGCCUUUGGGUUGGUCGGCGCACUACGGAUGUUGUUGUGGCUCUGUGUGCAUUUCCUAAACGCUGAACUAAAAGGUGCCUUAUAACAUUUGCUGCUCUCCUCGGCGGCUGCCCGCGGCUCAGCACAGGGGCAGCGCGGGGCCAGAGAGCUGCCGGGGCUGCUGCUGGCUGGCGAGAGCACGGAAACCCUCAGGGGUGAAGGAGAUUUCUCUUUUAUGAAAGUGCAAAGUGUUGAUGGGCUGAACAGGUUGAAAAAAUGCCUUUGGAGAGGGACUGGCGCAGGUGUUUGGCUAUUGGUGACAAGACUGGCGGCAGGAUGACGGCUCAGGAUUCAGAGAGGCUUUUCCCCCCACCAGGACUCUGCCAAUAACUAGAGGCCUCUUCUCUACCCCACCUCAAAGACGAUUAGCUCCUCUCCUUUUGGUCCCCAAAAUAUUUGCUUCUGUAGGAAAUCAGUAAUGACUGAAGGAGCCCUCCUUUUUCACGGUAUGCACGUUGCUUCCAGUGCCUGCGUAGCCAAACCCCAGACAGUGUUCCAGUCUGUGCGGGGCAGAGUGCUCCCCACUACACCGUGAACUCGACCCACCGUGCAUGUCAGAGAGCAAAGACUCGUUUGUAAAUACCGCAUUUCUCACCCAAGACUGGACCACUGUAGUUAAGGGGGGAAAAAAGAACACGUAGUUCUGAAUGCAGAUCAAAAGAAAUCAGGUGUGCAAGUCUGUACUGAUAAGAUUUCAAAAUCUUAAUCUCUGCUUAGUCCAUGGAAAUUGCUCCUGGUUAAAGCACUUAUCAUAUUUCUGACAUCUUGUAGCUCAGUAGUAAUUAUUCAGUUCCUGUACAUUUAACGUGGAAAAAAAAUAAAUCAAUAAAGUGUAAGGCUGUUAGUUGCAUUGUAAAAACAAUGUACACUGUAAUGUCAGUAAUAAACUUUGUUUUCCCAUGUA